CUGAAAGUACUGAUGAGUGACCGAGAUGCAUGCCUUGGAUGUUUGCGUGAGCAGAAAGGCAUCACAGUGCCGAAACAAAAUGGCGCACAACGGCUCUUGAAAAUUGAGCUUUGCGAAGCACCUGGCAGUGUGUUGUCAUUAUGGAGAGGGAACCGCUCCAGAUCAGCAAAACGCACAACUUCAACGAGAGAAAAGCGGUGGCUGGUAGCCCAACCACCGACUCUCUUAUCUCCUGCCCAACCUCGCACAAAUCCGCCCGUGAACUAUUCCUCUCCUUGUUUUGGGGCACGAUACAUUUUUUUCCUGCAUCAUCAAUGCAUCAUCGAUUCUUGUUCUGAGCUUUGGAUGGGCAAUUGACCGCGCAGCUCCUGUUCGUGUGGUGCCUGUCGCCGGCUCCUCGCACUCCGAAGCAUGAACUCCGACUCGCACUCGCACUCACAAAACUAUCGCAACUCACGCAAUUCACACAGCUUCAACUCGGAAGAACAUGUGGAGCAGCCUCGAACGCAUCUGCAGCCUUCGCCCGAGGUGAGACCGGGACAGGAUUCUCCGUCAACCGUUGAUCCGUCUGCGCGCCACUUGCAAACGCAGACGACACAUCAAACAGCCGCCCCUUACAAUCAGUCUUUUCCGGCCAUUCUGCCAGACGACAUCUUCACCCCCGCCACCGUCGCCCGAUCGUACGGGCCUCCCGUCAUCAUUGAGGGCCCCUACCGCCGCGUCCCGGAGAUUCCCCCUUUGGCUCCGUACGAGCGGUCAGACUGGUCGACGUCAAUGAAUCCCGCUAUGGCGACCGAUUUCCGGGAUGAGCUCGCCCGGCUCGACGGCGUUAUCACCCCGGGCGUCGACAACACGCCCUUCAUCCACUACGCCAUCGAGGCUCUCAGCCGAGACCGGGACACUGGCUUCUCGGCUACCAACUCGGGCAGCCAAAGCUCUUCAUCCGGGCCUGCCUUCGCACCACCACCACCGGGGCAUGGUCCUCAGGGACAUGGCCCUCAGUCCUACCAGCCCCAGCCACCACCACAACAGCAACCCCCUCCGGCCUCCGCUCCUCUAUUGUCCCACCCUCCGGAGGCCCAUCCCCAUGCCGAGACCGCGCCGCCAGACACGCGGCUGCAGCCACUCACGCGUCCGUUCAUGCCCGGGCCGCAGGAAUCUGCCCAGUCGCUUGCCGAGAGCCUCCUGAAGAAGGGCUCGCGCCCGCCCCAGCCUCACGCAUGGCGGCCCGUCGAACAAGACGAGCUUCUCGUCACCGGAAGCCACGUGCCACUGCCAACCUUCAGACCAUGGCCGCUGCGGACUCCGGCACUCCUUGUCUUUAUGCUCCUCUGCCUCCUCAUGAUUGCGGCUCUGAUCCUGAGCGCUGUCUAUUCGCAGCUUCACCAAGGCCUGCUAGAAUGGGACUCACUCUACGGCGGACGGUACUUCCUCUUCCGCAUUUUCCCACAGCUAAUAGCUGCUCCGAUGCUUCUAUAUGCGCAGCACAUGGUUAGAACCAUGUCCCGCAUGAUUCCCUUCGUGCGACUGGCGUCCAAGUCGGCCGAAGAGAGGGAAGGCGCCCUGUUCCAGGAGCUCUACCCCUCGUUCCUCUGGCCGCGCUUGGCCGGGCCGUGGAACGUCUGGGUUCCGGUUUUCGUCACCUGGCUGGCGAACUUCACCAUCCCGCUGCAGAGCUCGCUGUUCACCGUCAUCCUCGUGGAGCGGAGGUGGGUUUGGGCAACCGUCCAGGGCGUCGCCUGGACCCUCGUCGCGCUAUACCUCGCCCUGCUAGCCUCGACCGCGAUCGCCUGGCGGUAUUGGUCCGGCCUGGAGAGCACCGGCGUCAUCUGGGACCCCCGCUCCCUAGCCGACAUUGCCGCCCUCGUCUCCGAGACCAACACGGCCGACGACUACCGCGGUACCCAGUUGGCCCGGAGCCGCGACGGCAUCCGCUUCGCCCUGCGCCGCCGCGCCACCGACAGGCUGUGCUACUGGACCUGGAAAGACGGCCGCCACGGCCUCUGGUACACGCUCGGCAACCCCAUGGAAGAUGCCGACCCCCUCCUGCCCAUCCCGGACCCGGCGACCGCACAGCGAAUGCAACGCCACGACGAGAAACAUCCCGACCACGACCCUUACCACAACCAUGAUCCCGAGGCCUCCAACGGCGCCUCCCGCCACCAAUACGAAUACCUCCCCCUCCCGCUACGCACCUCCCCGCUUCUCUGGGCAACCAUCACGGCGACCGUCCUCGUCAUCGCCAUCUUCGUCGUCACUUUCCUCCCCUCCACCCGCCUGGAGAAGGGAUUCCCCCCGAGGCUGCGCACCGCCCCGCGCGGGGGCGCCUUCUCCCCGGCCGACUUUCUCUUCGCCUUCCUGCCCUCCCUCCUCGGCAUGCUCGUCUUCCUCGCCUAUCAGACCUUGGACAAGCACCUGCGCGUCCUGCAGCCCUGGGCCGCCAUGUCUUCUUCCCUGUCCCCGUCCUCGUCCUCGUCAACGACGACGACGACAAACCCGCCGCUCGCCGGCGCGCCCGCCGAGGCGAGCGUCCUCGCCGACUACGCGGCCUGCGCGCCGGGCGAGGCGACGGCGCGGGCGCUGCGUAACGGCCACUGGCGCGUCGCCGGCGUGUCCCUGCUCGCCGACCUCUUCGUCCUCAUCCCCGUGCUGGCGGGCGGCUCCUUCAUGGCCGUCACGCCCCGCGGGCGCGCGGGGGGCGGCGGCGAGGAGGAGGGGGGGGAGUGGGGCGAGGUGCGCAUGUUCGCCAACCAGGUCGCGUACGGCAUCCUGCUCGGCCUGCUGGCGCUGUACGUCGCCGGACUCGCGGUCCUGCUCCCGGCCCGGCAGGCGUUCCGCAUGCCGCACGGCGUCACCUGCCUGGCCGAGAUCGUCGGGUACCUGGUCAACUCCGAGAUCAGGGAGGAGCCCGCGUUCAAGCGGUGCGUGAGCCGGCGGGAGAUGGCGGGCAAGAUGGGCGCCGGCGGAGACGCGCCGGCCGGCAUGCAGACCCGGUGGGUGUUUGGUUUCGGCGACGGCGACGGCGACGGCGGCGUGGGCAACGGAGAGUUGGGUGUGAGGAGGGUGAGGAGGUUUACCGAGAAGCGGAGGGUGAGGAAGAGCCAGAUUCGUCGGCCGUUUCUGUGAGCUGGCCCGGGGAAAAGGGGGCAUCACGGAUGGGGGCGAAACUUAUGAUGGGAAACGAUACCAAAGGUGGUGGCACCUUGGAAAAAGAUCAGUGAUCUCUUGUCUGGCUUUAUCUCUACCCCUUUAUUUCGUCUUUCUCUCUCGAUUUUUCUUUUUCUUCUCUUUUUUUCUCU